AGAUUACAGCCCAUCCAUGAAUGCAGGGUACAGCUUCAUCACUUUCAUGCAAGCAAUGAUGACAUUUGAAGAUGAAAAGUUGGCCGAGGCCAUGAAACUUCUGCAGCAGACACAGAAGAAAUGUGAGCUUGGAGAGGGAUUUGUGAAAUACAUGAAGAGAAAAUUUUCACGAAAGAAAACAGAGGUUAAAGAAGCAACGCUCUCGCUGGAAGACAAAUUCACACGUCAGAUCAUCGUGGCAGACUGCAUGAUGCACCAGGCCGUGCUGACGUUCAUCAACCAGGACAUCUCCAGCUACGUCAAGGGCGGAUGGCUCAUGAGAAAAGCCUGGAAAAUCUAUGAAAAAGUCUACAGAGAGAUCAAAGCUCUCUAUGACAAAGAGUCUUGGCCUGACGCCAACGGGGGCGUCGCCCUGUCAGCUCCCCCUUCUGCUGUGGAUAUGUCUUCCUUUGAGAAUAGUUUGGACUCUAAAACUGGCAGCGAUGAGACAGGCGGCUCUGCUAACAUUCCACAUAGUGAUAGCAGAACCAGUAUGUCCAGUAUGUCCAGCACUGGAGUGAGUGGGGUUAGCGGUGACUUGUCCAAGGCGGAGCUGCAUGGAGAAAGGCUGGCCCGGCUGAUGGGUGCAGUCAGUUUUGGCUAUGGUCUGUUUCAACUGUGUAUAUCUCUUAUACCGCCAAAGAUACUUAAGUUGAUAGAGUUUAUAGGUUUUGAAGGCAAUAGAGAAGUGGGUCUGGCAGCAAUGGAGUUCUCCAGCCAUAGUAGUGAUGCCAAGGCUCCUCUGGCCACAUUGGGACUGCUGUGGUACCAUACUGUGAUACGGCAAUUCUUUGCUUUAGAUGGAAAUAACAUCCAUGCGGGAGUGGAAGAAGGAGAGAAGAUCAUUGAGAGGAUAGAGAAGACAUAUCCCAAUUCUGCUCUAUUCUUGUUCUAUAAGGGGAGAGUUCAGAGGCUGAAGGGCGAUGUGGAUAUGUCUAUAGCCACCUUCCAACAUGCCCUGGAGAGAUGUGAAGGGGAGAGGGAAGUGCAACAUAUAUGUGUAUAUGAAAUGGGGUGGUCAAAUUUAAUGAAAUUGAACUGGAGAGACUCUUUUGCUGCAUUUACAAGGAUGAAGGAGGAGUCCCGCUGGUCCAAGGCAUACUACGCCUACUUAUCUGGGGUGUGCCAGGGAUCCCUGGGGGAUGUAAAGGGGGCACACACCAUGUUUAGGGAGGUGCCGGCCCUGGUGAAGAGGAAGAAUAACCAGAUUGAAAGCUUUGUGGCUAGGAGGGCUAAUACUUUCAAGAAGCAGGCACCUGACCAGGACCACUGUAUUCUGUUGGGAUUGGAAAUUCUCUACCUGUGGAAUGCUCUGCCUCUUUGUACCAAGGACUGUCUGGAUAAGAUGAUGGAGGAAUGUUCCAAAAUUGAGGACAAGAAGUUGUUCCAUUUGCGUAGCUUGGUAGAGGGCGCCCUCCACAAGUUAUCAGACAACGAGGAGAUGGCUGCUGUGUGUUUUGAGGAGGCCAUAGCUCGUCACCAGGGUAUGAAGGACGACCAGCAUGUGGCUGCCUUUGCUAUGUACGAGCUGGGAAUUAUACUGAUACAGAAACCAGAGACCCUAGCUAAUGGAAAAAGUUACCUGCUCAAAGCUAAAGAUGGAUUCAAGGAAUAUGACUUCGAGAAUCGCCUAGGAGUCAGAAUACAUCUUACCCUGAAAAGAUUAAAAGAGGGCGCCACAUCCUGAACAAAAACAACUUUAAGAAAUAGAUUGAGCAUGUAUCAUAUUUUGAAUAAAGGUCACUUAACUGAAAGUGAAGCGACAUAUUUUAAGUACAAUUCUAACUUUAAACAAGAUUAUAUGUCAUAGUCCAAUGUUGGAGCGUUCUCUAAAGAAAUUCAGUGCUGGCUAUAAGCAGUAUUUUCUGUUUUAAAAAAAAAUCACUAAAGAAUCCUGGAGUGAACAGGAAGCAGCAAUGUGAUAACAGAAUGAUUUAUGUACAGAUAACCAAGGCUUGGCUGUGUUUGAUACAGACAUGCAAUGUUAAAACCUUCAGAGCAUGUGAUGGGCAUUAGAGCUUUAUACACCAAAUAGUGAUUUUCCUAGAAAUUCCAGCACUUUUUUCUUUAUCCCCAAGAUGCACUAUAUCCAAAACUGUUUGCAAAAUUCAAAUCUGUAAACCCCAUUUAGUAUUUUUAAAAAGUAGUUGGAUAGUGGUGAAUUUCACUCAUAAUGAAAAAAAAAUGAAAAUUUAUAACUAAAAACAGGUGUGUAGAUAUUUUUUCAACAGUUUUGGAUAGGAUAUAUUUUGUUGAUUAAGGAAAAUUGAUGGAACUUGUAUGUAAGCCUUUAAAUCAUGCCUUCAGCUUUUGCCAUUUAUAAUCCAUACAAACAGUCAUAUGUAUCAAUUUAUUUAUCUGUAAUGAUCUUAGUUCAAUUGAUUAUAGUUCAAGAUGUAACAGAUAAGCAGGAAUUUACUUAUUUACAGUUAAUGACUCGAUCCUUUCAAUGGGCAGAUACAUAAUUUUAGAAUCAUAAAAAAAAUAUUUUCAUAUAGCAUUUGUGAUGCUUUUACUGUAUGGAAAAAAUCUAUAAGGUAGCAUGCUUUUCAAUUUUGUUGCUACCAAUUAGUUGGAACAUUCAAUUUUUAAGGAUUUGUGACUUAAAUAAUACAGUAUAUGUAAAAUUCACAAUUUUUCCCCCGUUGAAAAGAUCAAGACAUUACUGUAACAGUUGCCAUAGGAAAAUCAUCUUUGUCUUCCUUAAGAUGACAAAAUAUGAAAAACCUCAAGGUUCGUGAAAUGUAAAUCCAAAUGCUGAUUUUAGAAUGAAAUUGUGCGAGGAAAAUUAUUUGUUCUGUACUUUGAAAGGAAUAAGUUAAUAUAUUUGCACUAUUUCUGUUUUCGUAGGGAUAGUUGCAAUAUGUAGUUUCUGCAUGGAUGAUUAAUCGUGUGUGUGUGUGUGCGUGCAUGCGUUCUCAUGUGAGGUUAUUGACUGUGUGUGUUACUAAAAUUAACAAUAGGUUGUGUUCAUAUCAGGACUAAAUUAGACUUGAAAUAGACUAAUUUACAUCACCAGAUGGCCAGAUGUAACCUUUGUUCAAUUUAUUUACAAUUUAUUUCUGUUUUAAUAUAUAACUACUUAUUUAAGUUGUUACUUCUGUUUUCACUUCUUUACUGUUUCUUAAUACUUACUGGAUGUGCACUGUAGCAUAAUCUUUGUAUCUUGGUUGAACAGUCUAAAAUAUUAUCCAAAUGAAUUUUUUUAGUCAAAUUGGUGAGCAAAAAUUAUUUUCAUUUAAUUUAAUGAAUAUGCCUUUGAAAAUUAUAUCAAUCAUUUGUCAAAAAUGUUACAUUUUUAGUGGUUGAGAUUCUAUAAUUAUAGCUUAUUUUCAAUGUGUACUCCAAAGAUAUACUGCUAUACUCGAGUGUUGAUAGAUAUCCCAAUAUAAAUAAAUAAGUAAUAAAAUUGCCUCCAGACAAUGAAGGCUGACUUAAAUUACAGUUAUAGGAGAUUACAGAGAGUUAUAGCUGUUUAUAUUUUACAGGGUUUGUUAAGAAAAUACUGAAAUGUUAACAAUAAACAGUAUUGAUGUUAUGGAUAUGUAACAUAAAAGGGCAUUACAAUCAACCGGCCAUAUUUGAUUGGUGGAUCUGUUAUUCCGCUGUUCUGAAUGCGGUCUAUGAUACUCCGGGUAAUUACAUGUUGAUUAAUAAUAGGGUCUUCUGCCAAAAGAUCUUAGGAUUCUUGUGAAUUUGUGUAGACUGUGAUAAUAAUGAAACUUUGUCCAAUAUCAUCAAUGUGAAAUAUCAUCAAGGGAUUUUUGCUGGAAAGUUUGUUUGUUUGAUUGUUUGUUUUUCCUCAUUACCAAUUGUUAACCAGCUCUAUUUCUUUUGUGUAUGUGUGUAAUUUUGUUUAAUUCUCAUAUAUUUGUUUAUUUUUGACAGCUUAUUUCACUUUUCUUCACAUUAACAUGCCUAACAUUAAGACACCAAAUGCUCGCAAUUAACAACUCUCUGUAUUGUGUGACGUUAAUGAAACAAAUUUAUUGUUUUACCAUUAUGAUGAAAAAGGACAAGAAAUAUACAA